AUGGCACCGCAACAAUCAAACAAUCCGAUCCGUAUCGCGAUCCCGAAGGGUCGUAUGUAUGAUGGCGUCACCAAGCUGAUGAGCGAAGCGGGGAUCUCGCUGCGCACCAGUUCUCGAGACUAUCGACCCAGCAUCUCUCUGGAUGGAUUCGAUGUCAAAAUAUUGAAGCCAAGGGCGAUCAUCGAGAUGCUCGAUGUAGGUUCACGAGAUCUCGGCUUUGCCGGAGCCGACUGGGUCUGUGAAGAUGACGCUGAUCUGGUCGAACUGCUUGAUACAGAACUUGAUCGUGUCCGACUCGUCGCCGCGAUCCCGGCUGAGAGCGAUGAGAAUGACCUCCUCAAUCGUGAUGGUGCCUUGAUUGCAUCGGAGUACUCCAAUAUCACAAAGAAAUGGAUUAAACAGAUUGGAUUCAAUGCUCGACUCUUGCGUAGUUAUGGCGCAACCGAAGUACUCCCUCCCGAAGACGCCGACUGCAUAAUCGACAACACGGCAACGGGAUCAACGCUGAGCGCAAACAAUCUUCGGAUUAUCGAUGAGCUCAUGGUUUCUACAACACGAAUCUACGCCUCCAAACAGGCUAUGGAUGAUGGUCGAAAGCGUGAAUACAUCGAACGAUUCGUGCUCCUCGUCAGAUCUGUUCUGGAAGCACGCAAGCGUGUCAUGGUUGAACUGAAUGUAUCCGCAAAGGACCUUCAAUCAGUCAUUCAUGGUCUACCUUGCAUGCGUCAACCCACUGUGGCACCGAUGCACGAUAGUGAUGGGUUCGCCGUCAAGGUAGCGGUACGCCGUGAAGAGCUCACAUCACUGAUCCCUUACAUCAAAGCGCGAGGCGGGACUGACAUCAUUGUCUCACAGCUAGGCGAUUCUGUUCAACUGAAACUUGACAGUAAUGAGGGAGCUCCGGUUGAUGAGUCGUUGAUCAGCAUCCUUGGGAUGAUCGAUGCGCCUGAACUAACACGGUACCCAGACACUUCUAGUUUGGAACUGGAUAUCGCUGAACGAUUCGGGAUUGAUCAAUCUUCGGUGAUUGUUACCAAUGGCGGCGAUGACGCGAUCGACCGGACUUGUCGAGCCGUACUCAAUCCUGGCGACACCAUGAUCACGCAUACUCCCAACUUUGAGAUGAUUGCACGCUCAGCAAUAUUGGCCGGUGCGUCUGUUGAAUCGAUCGGCUGGCUUGAUGGCGAGUUUCCAACGAAAGAGUUUCUGUGUGCAAUCGAUGAAAGUACCAGAUUGAUCACACUGGUUUCCCCUUGCAAUCCAACUGGGAAAACAAUCAAUGCUGAAGCCAUUAUGGUGAUCGCCGCGAAAGCCCAAAGCGUCGGCGCGGUUGUCAUGCUCGACCAGGCGUAUGUUGAGUUUGCAGACGAGGAUCCGCUCAGCCAAGUCAUCGACUUACCGAAUCUGAUCAUCAUUCGGACCAUGUCGAAGGCGAUGGGGCUCGCUGGAAUUCGAGUGGGGUAUGCGAUAGGUCCAACCGAACUGAUCCGUUGGCUCAGAACGGUGGGCAGCCCAUUCCCGGUCUCGAUACUCUCCAUAGCCGUUGCACAAGUGGCAAACAAACGCGUGGGUGCUCGAACUGAGAUCACACAAAGAACUCGAGAUUACAGAGAGCGAUUGAUCAGCGUACUCAAGGCAAUCGGCGCGGAUCCACUUCCAUCACAAGCGAACUUCGUACUCGCAAAGUUCCAGAACGCUGAGCUCGUACAUGCACAACUUCUCAAACAAGGAUCCGAGAUCAACACUGGACUUGGAUUUCUUGACCACAUGCUUGAUGCACUCGCACGGCAUAGCGGGGUUGACAUUGCGAUACGCUGUCAGGGAGAUCUCGUCAUCGAUGACCACCACAGCAUUGAAGAUUGUGCGCUCGUUCUUGGAAAUGCCAUCGAUGAGGCGCUUGGUGAUCGCGUAGGAAUCACUCGUUUCGCAAGCACCUAUGCACCGCUGGAUGAAUCGUUGGCACGGGUUGUCCUGGAUCUCUCUGGUAGGCCGUAUGCGUAUGUCGAACUUGGAUUUGUGCGUGAGCUGAUUGGGCAGGUUGCAACAGAGAAUAUCACGCACUUCUUCCAAUCGCUCGCAGUUUCGAUGCGUGCGACAAUCCAUGUUGAUCUGAUCAGAGGUCAGAACGAUCACCACAAAGCGGAAGCUGCCUUCAAAGCAUUCGCGCUUGCUCUACGAGAAGCAACGCGAUUGACUCGAGGCCUGUCAGUCCCAUCCACAAAGGGGCAGAGUAUGUUGUGCUUCCGGGGGUUGGAAGUUUCGGAGCUGGGCGUCAAUGGCCUAGGCGUUAUCAAUGCGGAGAUUACUCGAUUCCCAAACUCCGUGAGAACACCACAACAUGGCUGGAAUCGAGUCUCGGACGGCUACGCGUACUUUUCGAAUACCUAUCGCCUGACCACUAUCCCUGACGGAUGGAACGGAGAAUUGAGCUUCCACGGCGAUUGGGGCAAGAACAUUCUUUCAGAAUGGCUCCAAUAUGAAAGCGCGGGCGCGGACGAGCUGGUGAUGCUCGAUGUCAGCGCCACGAUCGAAGGUGCCAGCACAGCAGUUGAUGUUGUGAGCGCUGUUCGAGAGCAGAUCUCCAUCCCACUGAGUGUUGGGGGCGGGAUUCGGGAUACCCAGCAUGCACUGAAUCUGCUAAAGGCGGGUGCAGAUAAAGUUGGAAUCAACAGCUCCGCAGUUCAAAAUCCAAGUCUGGUCACUGAGCUGGCUUCGGAAGUCGGUUCACAGUGCGUUGUAAUCUCAAUCGAUGCCGCAUCAAGAAUCGGAUCUGAAGGAUGGGAGGUUGUCACACACGCUGGUACAUUCCGAACAGGUAUCGAUGCCAUUGAAUGGGCUCAAUCUGCCGAAGUCAUAGGCGCUGGUGAGAUCCUACUCACGAGCUUCGACCAAGAUGGCACAAGAUCCGGAUACGACACGGCACUCUUACGCGAGAUCCGGAAGAUCACGAGCUUGCCCAUCAUCGCUUCCGGUGGCGCAGACGGUACGAAAGCCAUGAUUAUCCCAUCUAUAGACAUCCAAGACGGGCGAGCAGUACAGCUUAUUGGAGGAGACAAGAAAGCGAUCGACGCUGGAGAUCCAUGGCCCAUAGCUGAACGCUUUGCACGAGUCGGUGAAAUCGCGGUUAUUGAUCUCGAUGCCGCAAUGGGCACUGGUGAAAACUCAGCUCUAGUUGCGGAGCUGUGUGCUAAGUUUCCAUGCCGUGUUGGUGGCGGGAUCCGUGAUGCGAAGUCCGCGGUUCGUUGGCUGGACUCGGGAGCCCAGAGGGUGAUACUCGGUACGGCGGCAACCCCUGAAGUUCUCCGAGAGAUCCCGCGAGAACGCGUCAUUGCUGCAUUGGAUGCUCGCGAAGGGCGAGUGGUCAUCGAGGGAUGGAAAGUAACGACGGGUUAUUCGAUUGAAGAGCGCAUGAGAGAACUCAACGACUUCGUAUCUGGCUUUCUUGUGACCUUCGUCGAGCAUGAGGGACGCAUGCAAGGUAUACCGAUCGAGCGUGCCAGAGAACUCAGUAUGAUCGCGGGCGCAACGAGGCUCACUGCCGCUGGAGGUGUUCGCAACGCUGAAGAUAUCGCGGAACUCGAUGCGCUCGGAAUAGACUCACAAGUCGGGAUGGCGAUCUAUUCAGGCGCCAUGGAUCUCUCAGAGGGGAUCACCUCAUUACUCCGAUCUGAUCGGAGUGAUGGCCUCUGGCCGACCGUAGUCUGUGAUGUGCGAGGCCAGACUCUCGGAUUGGUGUACUCAAAUGCUGAGAGCGUUCGUGAAUCGGUUCGCACAGGCAAAGCCGUCUAUUUCUCUCGUUCCAGAAAUCAACUCUGGCGUAAGGGAGAAACUUCGGGAAACACACAAGAGUUGAUUCGGAUCCUCACAGAUUGUGAUCGUGAUGCGCUCAAGUUUGUGGUCAAACAAAGCGGUACAGGAUUUUGUCACACUGGAUCCCGCUCUUGCUUUGGUGAAGAAAGUGGACUCAGCAAGCUUGAAUCAACCAUUCGAACUCGAUCUAUAAAGGCCCCUCUUGAGUCAUACACGCGGCGGCUUCUCGAUGACCCAUCGCUACUGCGAUCAAAGUUGCUCGAAGAAGCGGAUGAACUCAUUAACGCUUCCAAUCCUGCGGAAGCUACCCAUGAAGCCGCAGACCUGCUGUUCUUUGCUCUUACUCGUGCUAUCCAGUGUGGAUCAUCUAUCGAAGAAAUCGAGCAAGAACUUGAUCGGCGAGCACUCAAAGUCACUCGCAGGCUAUCCAAACCCGUGUUCAGUCACGAAGUGGAAGUGCAGGCUCGCCGAAUUCUUGAUGAUGUACGGGAGGUCGGUAUCAAUGCGAUCCGUUCAUAUGCUGUUCAGUUUGGCGAACGGACUUCUGAUGAACCACUCGUUCUCACUCCAGUGCAGAUGCAAGAAGCGUACGAAUCAUUGGACUCCGAAGAUCGUGCCGUGUUGCACAGUGUCGCUGACAGGAUCAAACGAUUCGCCGACGCUCAGCGAGAUUCGAUCAAGCCACUCACGCUUGAUGUCCCUGGAGGCCAGGCGGGACACACUAUUGAACCUGUCCAUUCUGCGGGCUGCUAUGCGCCGGCUGGCCGAUACCCGCUUCCGAGCUCGGUGCUGAUGACUGCUAUCACUGCGCGUUCUGCAGGAUGCAGACGAGUUGUGGUCGCAUCACCAGGUGCAAACAUGACGAUGCUUGCAGCAGCACACAUCGCGGGAGCGGAUGAGUUCCUAUGUAUAGGAGGGGCUCAUGCGAUUGGCGCGAUGGCGUAUGGAUUCAAGGGCUUUGAUCGCUGUGAUGUCAUUGCGGGACCUGGAAAUGCUUGGGUAACCGCAGCAAAGAAGAUCGUUUCAGGCGAUGUCGGUAUAGAUAUGCUUGCUGGUCCAUCGGAGCUUCUUGUAAUAGCCGACGAAACUGCGGAUGCCGCUGUUGUCGCUGCUGACCUAUUGGCUCAAGCGGAGCACGACACUGAAGCUGUACCGAUGCUGACCACUUCAUCCCCAGAACUUGCAGACCAAGUUGAGUUUGAGCUCAAUAAACAACUGAAAUCGCUACAAACUGCAGUCACUGCGCGAGAAGCAUUGAACAAUGGAUUCAUUGUGUUAUGCGAGAACAUUGAUCAAGCCAUUGGGACAGCCAACACACUUGCCCCAGAGCAUCUGCAGAUCAAUGCCAUCAAUGCGGCGGGGAUCGCAGCACGCAUCCGAAACGCUGGUGCCAUCUUCAUUGGAGAAAAUACACCGGAGGUCAUCGGAGAUUAUGGGAUCGGACCCAAUCACACACUUCCUACUGGGGGGACUGCUCGAUUCCAAGCAGGACUGAGUGUCAUCAACUUCCUGAGGUUUCGGACAUGGAUCAAUAUUGAUGAGCCAAUUGAAGCAGCUGAGAUUUUUGAAGACACCAAACGCCUUGCAGAGAUGGAAGGCCUCAUCGGUCACAGGAACGCGGUGUUGGCACGCAACUGCACUAAGGCGUAG